UCCUCCUAAAAAAUAUGGCCGUCUGCUCCGACAAUCACUAUGAUCCACUAUCGCCACCGCCGGCACCUCUGAGCAGGUACGAGUCGCAGAAGCGGCGGGACUGGAACACGUUCGGGCAGUACCUGAGAAACCACCGCCCUCCGUUGACGCUGUCGCGGUGCAGCGGGGCCCACAUUCUGGAGUUCCUCCGCUACCUGGACCAAUUCGGGAAGACCAAGGUCCACGCGCCGUGCUGCCCCUUCUUCGGGCAGCCCCACCCGCCGGCGCCCUGCCCCUGCCCUCUCCGCCAGGCCUGGGGCAGCCUCGACGCCCUCAUAGGCCGCCUCCGCGCCGCCUUCGAGGAGAACGGCGGCCCCUCCGACACCAACCCCUUCGCCACGCGGGCGAUCAGGCUCUACUUGAGGGACGUCAGAGAGUCGCAGGCCAAGGCCAGAGGAAUCGCUUACGACAAGAAGAAGAAGCGCGGCCGUAACGCUAACACUAACACUACCACUAACAAGCCCCUCCGCCACCACCUCGACCUUCAUUGAUUAUUUCUCCUCCUUUUUGUUUUAUUUGUUGUAUUCUAAUUAAUUAUAAUUUAAUUUCCAUCCCACCAGACUUAAUUACAACAUUUCUCCGGUGGAUUAUUAUUGAUACCUCAACUUGUUUAAUUAAUUAUCACUUCGAACCCUAAAAUUAGUAACUAUUUUGGUUCAGUUACCCCCUUUGCAAA